GACACAGCUCAAAACACACGAAAUAUCGCGGACGCCAUAAAUUAGAAGUCGGAGUUAUUUCAUUUGGCGGGAAAAUUUUCCAUUAAUCCCUGGGAAAAAAAAAAAAAACUUCAGGGCAAGCAAAAUCACAACACACAGACACGGUUCUCUUUCUCUCUCUACAAUAGAAUUUUCAAAAUUUCUUACUACAUUUUCAAACACAAAUCCUAGCUAGGUAUGGACGAGCACCCGGAAACUUCCCGAAACCGCUCUAAGAGGAAGAGGUCCAAGACCGAGACCGAGGAGAGAACGAGCGAUGCGAAUGAAGAGGUGGAGGAGCGCGGGGAUGAUUUCGAAGAGGUUCGCCCGAAAUCUAAGCCUAACCGUGCUGCUAAGGAUGCCACUUCCCCAGCCGUGCUCAAUCCCGAUCAAAGCUUGAUCGAUGUUAUGAAAGGCAACGAGAUACAAAUUCCUCAGGCGGUGAAGCUUGUUGUUGAGCGAUACGAGAAGGAUCCAAAACAAGCAAUGGUUGAACUCUUGACCACGCUGUUUGAGGCAUGUGGAGCCAAAUAUCGUAUCAAGAAAGAUUUGCUGGAUGAGACUGAUGUUGACGAUGUUGUAGUUGCUCUUGUUAAUCUUGCUAGAAGUGGUGAGGUUCAAGAUUAUCAGGGUUCAAAACGGAAGGACUUCAAAAACUUUAAAGACAACCUCCUCUCAUUCUGAGAUAGUUUGAUCACUGAAUGCCAAGAUGGGCCACUUUUUGAUAAGAUGUUGUUUGACAAAUUUAUGGACUAUAUAAUAGCAUUAUCAUGCACUCCACCAAGAAUUUACCGUCAAGUUGCAUCCUUGAUGGGGCUUCAACUUGUCACUUCAUUCAUAACGGUAGCUAAAGCGCUUGGUGCACAACGAGAAACUACUCAGAGACAGUUAAAUGCUGAAAAUAAAAAACGAACAGAAGGACCUCGUUUGGAGUCCCUUAAUAAAAGGUUAUCAGAAACUCAUGAUAAGAUGCUUGUACUAGAGGAAAUGAUGCGCAAAAUAUUUUCUGGGUUAUUCGUGCAUCGGUAUCGUGAUAUUGAUCCUAAUAUUCGAACAUCAUGCAUUGAGUCUCUUGGUGUAUGGGUUUUGUCAUAUCCAUCACUUUUCUUGCAGGAUUUAUACUUAAAGUACCUUGGAUGGACACUUAAUGAUAAAGAUUGGAAGCGUAUUAUUUCUAUGCUCCUGGAUGAGAAUCCACUAAUUGAGCUUGCUGAUGAUGAUGCAACAAAUUUGGUUAGACUUCUUUCUGCAUCUGUUAGAAAGGCUGUAGGAGAGAGGAUUGUUCCAGCUUCGGAUACUCGAAAGCAAUAUUACAAUAAAGCUCAGAAAGAAAUAUUUGAAAAUAAUAGACGAGACAUAACAAUUGCAAUGAUGAAGAACUACCCAUUACUUCUCCGCAAAUUUAUGGCUGACAAAGCAAAAGUUCCAUCAUUGGUUGAGAUCAUUGUUCAUAUGAACCUGGGGCUUUAUCCCUUAAAGAGGCAGGAGAAUAAUUUCAAAAAUGUCCUUCAGCUCAUGAAACAGGCUUUUUUCAAACAUGGUGUCAAGGGCGCUAUUAAGUUCUGUUCCACUGAGAGUCAAGGCGAGCUGAAAGAUUAUGCUUUAAAUAAAUUGAAGAAUCUUGAAGAUGAACUUAAUGAUAAGCUUAAGUCUGCAAUGAAAGAAGCAGCAGAUGGUGAUGAAUAUUCUCUGCUUGUGAAUUUGAAAGGGUUAUAUGAGCUUCAGUUGUCAUGGUCUGUACCUAUUGAGAGCUUAUACGAGGAUAUUGUUAAGGUUCUCCACAGUUUUAGAAAUGUGGAUGAUGAGGUUGUCAGUUUUCUUCUUCUCAAUAUGUAUUUGCACGUAGCCUGGACACUGCAGUCUAUUGUAAAUAGUGAAACUGUCUCUGAAGCAUCCUUAACCUCUCUACUGUCAAAACGCAAUUCCUUGUUUGAGGAACUUGAGUAUUUUCUUGGUACCACUUCUGAAGACAAGGAAGGGAGCAAAUGUGGAAAUCAGCUAGCUUGUAGAGUUUGUAUUAUACUUGCAGAAGCAUGGUGUUUGUUUAGAAAGGCAAAUUUUUCUUCAACAAAGCUCGAACAUCUAGGAUAUUGUCCAGAUACAUCUUUUCUACAAAGGUUCUGGAAACUUUGUGAAUAACAGUUAAAUAUUUCAGAUGAGACAGAAGAUGAAGACACAAAGAAAGAGUAUAUUGAGGAGACAAACAGAGAUGCAGUUAUGAUCGCUUCAGCAAAGUUGGUAGUUAGCAACGCAGUUCCCAAGGAAUAUCUUACUCCAGAGAUCAUUUCUCACUUUGGGAUGCAUGGAACAAGUGUUGCAGAGAUAGUCAAGCAUCUAAUCACUGUCAUAAAGAAAAAUGAUGAUUUUCCAAACAUUUUCAUAGAAGCAUUGAAAAGGGCUUAUGAUCGGCAUCUAGUGGAUCUUUCCAAAAGUGAUGACAAAUCUUUCACUAGCAAAUCUUUUCUAGAGUGCAAGGAUCUUGCUACUAGACUUUCUGGGACAUUCAUUGGUGCUGCUCGGAACAAGCAUAAAUCUGAUAUUCUAAAAAUUGUUAGGGAUGGUAUUGAAUAUGCUUUCUUAGAUGCUCCAAAACAGCUCUCUUUUCUGGAAGGUGCCGUGGUUCACUUUGUGCCCAAGCUUCCCGUGAAUGACAUCCUGGAAAUUCUAAAGGAUGUCCAAAGCCGGACAGAGAAUGUAAACACCGAUGAAGAUCCCAGUGGCUGGCGCCCUUACCACACGUUUGUUGACAGUUUACGAGAGAAGUAUGUGAAGAAUGAAGGUUUGCCAGAUGACAAAGAGAGGAGAUGCAGUGGUCGUCCAAGGAAGCGGCGUAAUAUAGAGGGAAAGAGAUUGUUUGAUGAGGAAAGUUCAAGUGAAGAAGAGGAUUCAAUUAGUGGAUCAGAUCGAGAAGAUGCUCCUGAUGAAAAAGAGAAGCAGGACGAGGAGGAAGAGGAAGAGGCUCCUUUGAUACAUUCGAUUAGGUCAUCAUCCAAGUUGAGGUCAUUGAAACUUUCAAGAGAUGAAAACAAAGGCCAGAGGAAAGGAGUUUCGGCUUCUAGAACAUCAGGGCCAUCAAGCUAGUAACUGCCCGUGUGUUUUCUUAUAUGCAUUCAUGCCACUGCUGACAAAGUUAUAGUUACAUCUCAGAGCAGGUCUGUUUUCCUUGAUGCUUCCACAAUAGGUUGCCUGUGUACUGUGUUCUUUUUCCUCAUCUCUCUCACCAGCUAAGCUUGUCAUAGGAGGGCCUGCUUGGGUAAUUAGGAUGAGCAGGAAAAAUGGAAUGGAAAUAUAAAUAAAGUGUGCCUUUUUAUUUAUUUA